UGAGGGAGAAUGACUGGCCUGGUCGGCGUGAUCGACGAGGGAACCAAGACCAUUAGCUUUUCGAUUUAUACUACUCCGGACUUCAAGGAGAUCGCUGCCCAUCGAGUGGAGCUGUUUUUAAUCUCACCAAAGGAUGGCUGGUACGAGCAGGAUCCACGUGGGAUUAUGUCCUCUAUCAACAAGUGCGCUGAGGAGGCCAUCAAGAUGCUGCCCGAGCAAGGGUUUUCCGCUGGCGACAUUGCCACGGUGGGCAUCACCAAUCAGCGCGAGACCACUAUUGUCUGGGACGCUGUAACCGGCAAGCCUCUAUACAAUGCUCUCCUGUGGAAGGACAUUCGCACUAGCACCACUGUGGAGCAGAUCUUGGCCAAGGUGCAGGACCCAAAUCACUUCCGAAGCAGCACCGGUCUGCCCAUUUCCACGUACUUCUCCGCCCUGAAGAUUGUGUGGCUGAAGGACAACGUUCCCGAAGUGCGCCUGGCCAUCGAAGAAGGACGCUGCAAAGCGGGAACAGUAGACAGCUGGAUCGUCUGGAAUCUGACGAAUGGGGCGAUUCACAUCACGGAUGUGACAAAUGCCUCCCGCACACUCCUCAUGAACCUGGAGACGCAGAGCUGGGACCCCGUGCUGCUGGAAACUUUUGGCAUUCCCGAAGAGAUGUUGCCCAGCAUCCACAGCUGCUCGGAAGUCUUCGGCAAGAUCACCUCGGAGCGGAGUCCACUCCGCGGGAUGACGCUUAGCGGGAUUAUCGGCAACCAGCAAGCCUCUCUCUUAGGACAGAUGUGUGUGAAGCCGGGUCAGACCAAGAAUACUUACCGCUCCGGAUGUUUUCUGUUGUGCAAUACGGGCAAAAAGCCUGUAUUUUCGAGUCACGGUCUCCUCACAACAGUGGCCUACAAGCUAGGUCCAAAGGCGCCCACGAUUUAUGCCAUAGAGGGAGCUGUCCUGGUAGCUGGACACGCACUCUCGUGGCUUCACUCCAAAAUGCGUAUCCUGCCUGACCUCAAAGAUGCAGAAGAAGUUGCGUUGGCGGUUCCCACUUCGGGAGAUUUGUACUUUGUGCCAGCCUUUACGGGCUUAUACGCCCCCUACUGGCAGCCAAACGCCCGUGGCAUCAUAAUCGGUCUGACCCAGUUCACGCGGAAGAAUCACAUAGUUAGAGCGGCACUAGAGAGCAUCUGCUUCCAGACCCGCGACAUCCUGGAGUGCAUGCGCCAGGAGUCUGGUUACGAGAUCAGAAAACUGCACGCCGACGGAAAGCUCUCUGCGAAUAAUCUUCUUAUGCAGAUCCAGGCUGACACGAUUGGAAUGCCCGUAUUCCGGUCGCAAUCUAAGGACUUGACGGCUUUGGGAGCGGCCAUGUGCGCCGCCAAUGCGGACGGAUUGAACCUGUGCCGGUUUGAUCCGGAGAAGUAUUACGUUCAAGUGCAGUAUGACACUUUCCAGGCCACCACAAAGGAGGCGGAGCGCAAGGUUCGCUACCGCAAAUGGAGGCGCGCCGUGGAUCGUAGCUUGGGCUGGGUCAUCAAUCAGACGAAGAUGCACUCAGUGGAGGACGACCAAGUGCUGUCCUUCCUCCCAAUGGCAAUUUACUUCAUUAGCGGCUUCGCUAUGCUGGUGCAUUCAAUCUCUCGGUCCCAUUCCAAUCGCAUCUAGGUAUUACUUCAAAUCCAUACGCCUUCUUAAAGAACUGCUUCGUGCAAUCUCACUCAUGGUGGGGUAUUGUUUAAUAUCAGUGACGCUAUCAGAGACCGGAAAUGUCCGUAUCAGUAU